GAUUUGGGGACAGUAUGUGGACGGAGCGGAUUCUUACAGCUGCUUUGUUUUGCCGCAAGGUAGCAUAUACUGCGCGCUCUCUAUGUUUGGUACCCCAUUCCUGACCACUUCCUUAUCAUACAAAUGCGUCGCGGUCGCAAUAAGCAAGGCAGGGCGGCACACAGCAGCUGCAUCAACAGAAGCAUUGAGAACCUAGACUACUUUGCUCGGCUGCAUGAGAGGAGUCAAACCAGUGGCGCCCGGGUGACGGCUUUCUCGCAAGUGCUAGCGGAUGCUGGCGCCUUGACGCCGGCCGACUGGAAAGCCGCGGAGGGCUCGCAUGGCCGCCUGAUUGUGUCUCUAGUCGGCGCGCACGGCUGGGCUGCUCGGGCGCUGGAGCUGGACUAUGAGCGCGAGGACGCCCGGGAGGUGUUCACGGGCACGUGUGAUCUGACAGACACCCUCGUCAACCUGAUGCCGGCUGAGGAGCACAAGCUGCUGGCGUUAGCUAUCAUCAGGGCAGACAGUCUCAGCCUACAUGCACGGCUUCUGGCGCGUGUUGCGAUUGAAAUCAAAGCAGGCGGCGGCAGCAACAGCAGCGGCGGCAGCAGCAGAAGCGGCAGCGGCGGCUCAGUCACAGGCCGCGGCGCCACAAGUGCAGCUAUUACCGCGACGCAGCGGGCCGCUGUGAACAUACAUGUCCAGCUUCUGGUUUUGAACGUCGCGUUGCGUAUGCUGCGUAUGCUGCUGUCGUACCGCGACACCCGUGUCGAGCUGCGUGCUGCCCUUCUCCGCACCCAGCUCUUCGAGCACAUGUCGGUAGCACUGCUGAGUCUCGCCGCCACGAUGGCCACAAUACCGGGCGCUGCGGCUGGUGAUGCGACGGAGGUGUUGGCUCCCAUGGGCGCCAGCUGGGGCUUGCUGCUCACGUGUGCUUCCACUGUGGGGCAAUGCAUUAGCAGCACUGUCGUGCUGUUGGAUCAGACAGCGCAAGAGGAGGGUCACGUAAAGCGGGAGACGCUGCAGCGGCAGCCUGAGACUGUGGGCGGCGCGGAUCCUGCCCCGCGACAGCCGCAGUUAGAACGCCCGGAGCUGUGGCAGCUGUUGGGCGGCCGCUGCCUGCAGGCGUGUGCGGUCUGGAUGGCGCGGCUGGUGGAGGCGACCUUGCGGGAGGGCAGCGCCACAGGCAGCGCAGCAGCACCCGGACAAGCCGGCGCGCAGGACCGUUUGGGGCACGGCGCGGCGGGGCCAGCUGCGGUGGCGUGGGCGCCCAGGGCGGUCGCGGCGGCUGGCGGCAGCGGGGCGCCGCAGCGGUGGCGGCCAGAGCAAGCGGGGGAUGCCGUCGCGGUCUGCCGAGCGCUGGUCAGGGCGGUUGUGCCACAUCCCACUCUCGUUACGCAGAACACAGACAACUACAUUGCCCCCGCUGCCGUAGUUCUGGUGAUCAGCGCGCGGAACUGCCCCUUCCGGCUCGCGCUCACACCUCCACUGCGGUGGGAUGCCAAGGCGGAGGGCGCCGAAACGGGCGCAGGCGGUGUAUGUGCUCAGGAGCAGCAGCAGCAGCAGCAGCAGCAGCAGCAAGAGCCCUGCGCACCUGACGCAACAGCAGCAAUAGCAGGAGUGGCAACAGAAGCGGCAUUAGGAGCGACAGGGGCAGCCGCCGCAGCUUCCGCACAGUUGCCGGCACCAGUGCGAUCCGCGGGGCCAGAGGCUGCAGCGGUGGAACGCACACGUGCCGUAAACACAUAUGAUGUGUUGUUUGGCGCCGUGGACGCCGUGUGCGCUGGUAGAAACACAAAUGUGGAUCUGCAGGACCGCAACACAAUUGACAGCAUGCGGACGCCGGUCGCGUUGUUGGUGCUGCUGCUGUGCAAGCUGCGGCCGCGGCAGGCGGCGGCGCGGCUGGCGGGCCUGUGGCGGGUGCUGCUGUGCGAGCUGGGGGCCACAAGUUCCUGGAACGGGGCUGCAGAUGUGGGGCUGCUACUGCGGCUGCAGCUGGAGGAGGUUCCGCGCAGCAGGACCGCGGCUGUAGCACCAGCGUCAGCUUCCCCAGCAGCAUCCAAAGCACCUGCUGCCGUGGCGGCAACGCCACAUCCGGCUGAGGAGGCGUUCAGUCCCAGCUUCAGCCUGCGGUGCGCGCUGGCGGCAGGGCUGCUAUCGCGCCUAGAGGCGUUACUUCGGAAUCCGCAGGAGGAGUGGCCGGAGGCUUACGCAACGGGCGGUAGCUCUGAUCACUUGCUGCAGCUCUUGCUUGUGGAUUCGGGCGUGUGGCCGCUGGUGCUCGCGCAUGCACCGGCGGUGCAGGUGGCAUCGCUGGUCGCCACUCUGACAGCUGCGAUGCGGCGGCUGCGCCACGGCCACCUCUCACAGGCGGCCGCGGCCGAGGGCCGCAGUAGCAGUCGCGGCGGCAACGCCAGCGGCAGCAGCAGCAGUGGGAAUGGUGGAGGGAGCAGCGCAGCAGGAACGAGGCCGGACACACGUGCCGCGGUUGCAGGUGGUAAUGAGGCAGGUGCAGGGACUUGGUGGAAGGGGCUCGUCGGACUGGUUGAGCGCAUUGUGACAUUUAUGGAGCAGUCCCAGCGCGCGCGGUUCAAACUCUUCUGUGUAGAGGUAACGGGAGGGGCGCCGGGGACGCCAGGGUCGCAGGCGCAGGAGCUGGCGUCGCAGCAGCCGCAGGUGCCGGCGCAGGAACAGGCGCAGCCUCAGCCGCAGGAGCAACCGCCACCGCAGCCGCCAGCACAGGAGCAGGUGCCGGCGCCGAAGACAGCUGCCGGGGUGACGGCUGGCGGCCUCUGCCUGCGGCCCAGUGUCUACUCGCCGGCAGCGGAGCAGCAGCGGCUGCUGAUGAGCCUGUGCGCUUGGCAGUGGCUGCCGCAGGUCCUGUUCCUGGCGAGGAGCUAUCCACUUGACAAUGAGGGUUUGUGGCAGUACCUGCAAGACAUGGCGGCAGGCCAGCUCUCGGUUGCCAUCGUACAAGCACUGCGGGCGCAGCAGCAUGCAGCUGGUGCUGCCGGCGGCGCCGGCGGUGCGGACGGCGCAGAUGGCAAGCGUGACAACAGCAGCAGCACCACCACCACCACCACCAGCAGCAGCAGCAGCCUCGGCACCGGCUGCAUUCCAGCUGCUCAGGCGGCGGAGUCGUGGCGGGCCUUCCUCUACAGUCAGGAGCUUGACGCUGAGGGCUUCCUUGCGGCGCUGCUGCGGCAUGUCGGCAACCCAAGCUGCUGCAUUGAUAGUUUCUGGGUGGCAAUGUUGCUAGCUGCCAUCGGAGCCUGGGACCCUGGAAUGCUCGUCCGUGCGGCUGUAGCGGCUGCCGCAGCAGAUGAGGGCUGUGGCAGCAGCGACGGCAACGGCAGUAGCAGCAUCAGCGCCGCAGCCGUGGUGUCGGGGGCCCGCGCGUUGGUGGAGCGUGCCCAGCGGGAGGACAACAGGUGGUCUAGGUGGCCACUGCCGGAGCUCUUCGACUUCGUGGCCGCGACCGUUGAGCAGCCGUCGUCCGCGGCGGGUGCCGGCGGAGUGAAAACCGAAAGGCUUGCAGCCGAAAGGCCGCAGCCGAACGGCUGGAGGGAACUGCAGGCGGUCAUCAUGGCGAGCUUUGCAGAUGUCACCGCGUUGGAGAACCUGAUGUCCCCAGCUGAGGUGCAGGCACGCCUGCACCGCCUGCCGGUCCCGGUCGCGGCGGUGGUAGCAGGCGGCACCACGGCUGGCAGUAGCACCACUGGGGCUGCAGCUACAGCGGCGGCUACAGCUGAGGCAGGCAGCGGGCGUGGCGUGGUACUGUGCGGCAAUCCCGCCUGCGCCAACACGGAUGGGCCCAGCGCGCUCUUCCCAGCCGGCGGCGGCAAGACGUGCGCUCGGUGAAAGGCGGUGUGGUACUGCUGCGGCGCGUGCCAGCUGGCGCACUGGCAGCAGCAGGGCGGGCACCGGGAGGCAUGCAGCAAGGCGCAGGCGCAGGGGCAGGGGCAGGGGCAGGGGCAGGGGCAGGGACAGGGGCAGGGGCAGGGGCGGUAGACCCCAGUUGAAGAACGCAAGGGCUCACGUCUGCAUAACUUGCGUGGACAUGGGUGGCGGCCAAGCAGGCGGGCGGGCAGGCGUUUUAGGCUGCAGGCAGGAAGACACAAGAAAGUAGCUGCAAUUUGCCCAUGCUGUGUUGGUGCGGGCGGGCGCGGUCGUGCACAGCCUGCUGCUUGGCCGCCGUGUGUUACACCGUGAGCGUGUGUUGGCAUGCAGUGACUUUGGCUUUGAAUAGUGUGCUGAUAACUUGUACGGCUGUGGGGGCCAAGGGGACAGGAUUGUCUGAUUGUGUGGUGGAGUGGCUUGGGUGCAGAGCGUCGUGCCUAUGGAUGCAAUGCAACAGCCAAGGACUGGGCCCAGGGAAACCUGGUCAUGCUUAACUUGAGUAUGGGUAGGGGGCUAUCUAGUGACGCAUGUAGCACUGUUGGUGGGUAGGGGGCUAGUUACGGUAUGUAUCACUGCUGAAGUGCUGGGUUUAUGGUGAUAAGGGAGAUUACGCUGGCGUUUUUCUGGUCUGAGCCAGCGCAGGAGCAGCCCUCCAGCCCCCAACACGCCAAUCCACAUUGUUCUCUGCUAUCGAAAUGGUUAUUUUUGGGCUGAGCCCCCCCAGCGAAGCGUUCCAGGGGGUGGGCGAAGCCCCCCAGGAACACCCCUGUCCGUGGCUGGUGGCUGGUGCGUCGGCAAAACAUAGCAUACUGG